CCCUCUGAGCAGCCCGUGAGCACUCUUUCAGCAUGAACUGCAUGUCAGAUUUCUUCACCUAUGAGACCACCAAGUCUGUGGUUGUGAAGAGCUGGACCAUUGGGAUCAUCAACCGGGCAGUUCAGCUUCUCAUCAUCUCCUACUUUGUGGGGUGGGUUUUCUUGCACGAGAAGGCGUACCAGGUGCGGGAUACAGCCAUUGAGUCCUCCGUGGUGACCAAAGUGAAGGGCUUUGGACGCUACGCCAACAGAGUCAUGGAUGUGUCUGAUUAUGUGACCCCACCGCAGGGCACCUCUGUGUUUGUCAUCAUCACCAAGAUGAUCGUUACUGAAAACCAAAUGCAAGGAUUCUGCCCAGAGAGCGAGGACAAGUACCACUGUGUAUCAGACAGCCAGUGCGGGCCUGAGCGCUUCCCAGGUGGGGGGAUCCUCACCGGCCGCUGCGUGAAUUACAGCUCAGUGCUCCGGACCUGUGAGACCCAGGGCUGGUGCCCCACCGAGGUCGACACGGUGGAAAUGCCUGUCAUGAUGGAAGCCGAGAACUUCACUAUUUUCAUCAAGAACAGCAUCCGUUUCCCCCUCUUCAACUUUGAGAAGGGAAACCUCCUUCCCAACCUGACCGCUGCGGACAUGAAGACCUGCCGCUUCCACCCUGACAAGGCCCCCUUCUGCCCCAUCUUGCGGGUGGGGGAUGUGGUCAAGUUUGCGGGGCAGGAUUUUGCCAAACUGGCCAGCACGGGCGGUGUGCUGGGCAUUAAGAUCGGCUGGGUGUGUGAUUUGGACAAGGCCUGGGACCAGUGCAUCCCCAAAUACUCCUUCACUCGACUGGACGGUGUUUCGGAGAAGAGCAGCAUCUCCCCGGGCUACAACUUCAGGUUCGCCAAGUACUACAAGCUGGAGAACGGCAGCGAGUACCGCACGCUCCUGAAGGCUUUCGGCAUCCGCUUUGACGUGCUGGUGUACGGAAACGCCGGCAAGUUCAACAUCAUCCCCACCAUCAUCAGCUCUGUGGCAGCCUUCACCUCCGUGGGAGUGGGGACUGUCCUCUGUGACAUCAUCCUGCUCAACUUCCUCAAGGGGGCCGACCAGUACAAAGCCAAGAAGUUCGAGGAGGUGAAUGGGACGAUGCUGAAGGGCCCGGCCUCGGACAUCCCAGUGUACCCCCGAGACCUGACCACGGAGGAGAAGCAGUCCACAGAUUCGGGGGCCUACUCCAUUGGCCACUAGGGCCUCCGCCCAGGGCCUCACACUCACCGCUGGGCUCCAGG